ACCGCGGACGGUCGGAAAACUCCCUCCCCUUCUAUCAGUGUGCAAAUUGUCCUCCGCUUAAGAAUUACUCAUCAAAAGUGAAGAAGCUUUGCAUUCCAACGGGUGUACCGAUUUCCAUCUGAUGACUGAUGCUGACUAUGUGCUAGUGCCGCCCUCUAGCCCGUUCGACGAUUCGACAAUGUGAGCGCGCCGUGUGAACGCGCGGAAUGUGUUAAGAAAGUGAAAGAAGCUAGUUUGCGGGUGAAGUAGAUUGAAAAUAGUUUUGAAAGGGCGAAAAGCCUACGCACAAAAACAAAUAUUUCGAGUGAUCGUUUUGCCAAGCGGAAAGGAAAUAAACAAAUAAAAAAAUCACAAACAAGCAGAGUGAUACAGCAUCACAGUGAAGCCCACGAGGAACACGGGAGAGCAGUCGAAGAAAAAUCGUUCAACAGUGACCGAUUAAAGCCUCAUCUUUAACAUAUUUCUUUGGAGCAAAACGACCCCCAUCGGUUCUGCAUGGUAUGGAACUGCGCAAAAUGAGUACGGCCAAGCAGCAGCAGCAGCUCCAGCAGCAGCAGCAGCAUCAGCAGCAGCAACACCAGCAGCAGCGCGAAGAUCGACGGUACUCGAUGCCGCACGGUAUGCACGGCACGCUACCACCCGGAGCAACGGAUGAUCUGCACGCGUGGUCCAUCUAUCGCCAGAACCUCAACUCAGACUUUGCCGACUCGGCGCUCGGCUCGUCGGACAAAUCGCCCAAACCGUACGCCUCCCAGUACCAUCAGCGAGACACAGCCAUCCUCAACCAUCCGCGCUAUGGCCCGAAACAGAACCCGAUCAACAGCAACAUGUACACCUACCUCAAGUUCGGGCUGCCGCGCGUCUUCCCCCCGAACGGUGGCCAACCGAUGGCGAACGGGCGGCCGGGCCGGGCCUCCUCCAAAGCGAACGGACGGGGCCGGGUGAAUCGCGGAUAUCGGGACAGUACUGGGCCCGGGCCCGGCUCGUCCGGCUACGACAGUAGCGACAACGAAACGAACCGCGGUCGUGUGCCAGCUAAUCUAAGAAAAUACCGCAGCGAGUCCGAUUUCCGAGCGAUCGGUGCCACCAACACGUCGCGGCCGAGCUCCCGUGCCCAGGGCAUACCGCUGGCCGCCCUCAAGCAAGCGAACAGCCGCGCCAGCAUAGCCGGCACACACGUCUACAACCCGUACGCGACGAACCUGCGCCAUCACAACCUGCGCUCCCAGAGCGAAGCGGACCUGCUGGCCGAGUGGGACUACGACGAUUCGCCGACGUACGGCGAAACGCGCCUCUACCCGGAGGAAGCAAUGUACGCCACCCAGAGCCGGCGCCACUCGAUGGCCGGGCUGGUGUAUCCCAACAUCCAGGUGCACUGUCUGGACGUUCUUCCCGGGCUGCGUGGCGUUUCGCUCCAAGCGAAGGCGGGCGAUCUGUUCGCGAUCAUGGCGACGGCACAGCGCGAAGGCACGGCACUGGUCGAAGCGUUGGCCGGUGUGCGGCAGCGUAUGGCCGGUGAGAUUCUCGUCAAUGGACAGCAGGUAAACAGGCGCAUCCUGCGCCAGCUGUGCGGGUACGUCCCUGCGCUCGAUGCCGCACCGCUCGAUCCGCGCAUGAGCGUCCAGAGCACGCUAUCAUUUGCGGCCGCCCUGCGCGGCCCGUACGAUCGAGCAGACCUGAAGGAACGCAUCGACAUACUGGUCGAGGACCUGGGCCUAACUGCUGUCCGUUCGGCGAACGUAUCGCGCCUGACGCACUCGGAAAAGCAAAGACUGAACGUGGCCUGCCAGCUGCUGACGCAGGCGUCCAUCCUGCUGCUCGACCAGACCACCAUCAACAUGGACAUCUUCGACACCUUCUUCCUGGUGGAGUACCUGCGGCAGUGGUGCAGUGCCGGCCGGAUCGUCAUCAUGACGCUGCAGCCGCCCACGUUCGAGAUCCUGUCGAUGUGUUCCGGCGUGCUGCUGCUGUCCGGCGGCCGUACCGUUUACUCGGGCAGCCGGGCCGACCUACCCCGGCACAUGGGUCAGCUAGGGUAUCCGUGUCCGCCGUUCAAGAACCCCGCCGACUACUAUCUGGAUCUGGUCACCCUGGACGAUCUUUCGGCGGCGGCAUUGCUCGAGUCGUCCGCGCGCAUCGAAUCACUCGCCAACUCGUGGGAUCACGUCAACUCGGAACCACCGCUAGCGGCACCCGUUGCUAAUCUGCCCGAGCCGACGCGCAGUGCCGGUUUCUUCAGUCAAAUCAACGCCCUAGCCAAGAGAUACAUGACGUACAAGCAGCCGGGAUCGCUACUGACCUGGAUUAGCCGGCUCAUUCUUGCCGCCGUUCUGUCGCUCCUCAUCGGCUGUAUCUUCUGGGAUGUUCCAGCUUCCGAUCCCCAGCUGAACCUGAACGAUCGUCUUGGCUAUCACCAUUGCAUGAUGAUGGUUGCACUCUGGCCGCUACUACUUCUUCAGAUACGAGACGUACAGGAGGAUCGUAGACACGCGGAGAAGGACCUCAAGCUAGGCCUGUACGGUCGCUUUCUGUACAUGAUCAUUCAGAGCACGCUGAGCGUGAUGCCGAGCCUGUGCAUAUGGCUUGCGUACCUGCUGCCCGCACACAGCAUGGCCGGACUGUACUCCUACACCACCAACAACGAUACCGGCAUCUAUUUGUACAUGGGCUACAUGCUGCUCUAUCUAAUGGCCAUACAAACGAUAGUGCUGUUCAUCGCUCACCUGGUGCCGUGCGGCGUGACCGCCUCGAUAGUGACCACGCUCGUCCUGCUGACGAUGGCCGCCGUCGGUGGCUUUGCCGUGCACGUCGCCAACGUGCCCGACUAUCUGCGCUGGAUGGAGCUGGUGGCGCCGCAGAAAUGGCUCACACCGCUGCUGACCGAAAACGAGUACAGUGCGGAAACGCUCGCAAGCAUCACCAGCCAGCAACAGUGUCGAAACAAACAGGUUCAGUACACUGAGAUUAUCGUGCAGCAGCCGUGUCCACCACCGAACGGUACCUUCGUGCUGGCCGACCAUCAGCUGCUGCCGCGCGAUCACGUCCUGGAUGCGGCCGACAUGUACACCUCGACCGUGCUGGGACUGCUGCUGACCUGCAUCGUGUUCUUCGCCCUUACCAUGUUCGUCUUCCUGCUGAACUGCCAGUCGUUGAUGCGAAAGAAGAGCACGGGCCGUUCCGGGAAGCGCGUGUAAUGGCAAGGCCGUUAGAGAGGGAGCCCCCGUUGAAGCAUUAGACCUAAGCCUGCAGGAUGUAAAAGUGCUAGUUAAUUUUAUUCCUAAUUAUCAUUUCCCCCCUGAUACGACCCUUUCGAUCCAUUUCCGCAUACGAAACGGUCGGUGCACGGCGAUGGAGCUUCCCGUAUAACACAACCGUCCAGAUUAGGUGGUAUGUUUCGCUUCCGUCCUUUCAUUAUGUGUAUUAUGAUGUUUUCUAUUUUUAGCGAAAUAAUCAAGGUAGCAGUUUUCUUUUUACAUACAUACAUAUACAGCCAGC